GAAUUACUCACGUUCUAAUUUUCACCCUAUCACCUAUUAGCAUCUUAGUUGUCAUUAUCUAAAAUAAUGACAAGCAUACUUAGACGGAAAGUCUCUCCUCAUUUUACAAGCACGUUUAAUUUGCCAGUGAUAUUGAGAUGAAGAAGUGAAUGAUAUACUUAGAUUAGACCUAAAAUUAUACUCGAGAUGUAUCAUUUAGCAGAGGCCGAGAAAUCACUUAAGAACCCUUCACUCUCACCACAUUCUAUUUCUUUUACCUCGAUCUACCUAUACUCUUCCUAUUGUUUUGGUAGUAAACAAUUUCAAGUAUGAAGCGAACUAUCAGAUUUCUUGUUCCCCAUAUUCUUGCCGCAAUUGUGAGCGGUGCACCUUUUCCUCAAGGACAAGGCGGCCAUGCCUCGCUAAUCACAAAGAAUAUACAUCCUGUUCAACCCAAGUCCCUUCUGCCAGACGAAACCUCUUCAGAUGGAUUCCUAUUUUUUUCCUCGCCGGGUGCGAUUCUAAGUUCUUCCAUAAAAACGACGACGGUCAUCCCAUCCGUCUCCGUGCUGACCACCUCCUCACUCUCUGGGACCGUGCAGGUUACAGUACAAGUUCUACCCCCCUUGAGUACCGGUUCUUUCGACACAACAGGAACAGUUAUUUCCAGUCUCGAAACAUUUGGCCACGCUACCAGCCCUCCUAUAAUUACGUCGUCUAUCCCUUCACCCGUAACUCGAAUGGCACCCACUGAACCAACACCUGUCAAUUUUAAAAUCAAUACCGUUGCAGCAGAUGCCAAUAUCUUCCAGCCAAUCGAUACUUCACCCCCUCCAUCUAAUCUGGGCUCUCGUUCAGAUCAUCCAGUACCUCGGCUAGGAAUAAAACCUCAAAGUGCGCCACUUGAUACCAACAAGUUUUACGCUAAUUUCUUUCUCGGAAGUCAAACAUCCCCUACCUGGACGCAUCCAUACUCGCUUGCUUGGUCAAAAGGAGGUGGAGCAACCAAAAGCUGGGGAAUGACCCUCGUCCAUAUAGAUGCCAAUCAAAGAGUAUUUGGACCGAAUAACACAGUAAAUUCCGCUUCGUAUUUCUUAAAUCCAAGUGGGUUACAAUCAUUGGUUCUUUCUGCGGCAGAACUAGGCUCAUCAACAACUUUAACGACUGACUCUCUGACUGAUCUUUCGGUCAAUGUCAACUUAAGUCCUACCCCUGGUGCCGCCCCUGCGAUCAAAUUUCCUUUGGUUCAGGGAAUGGGCUUUGUGACAGCUGUUUUUGCAGGUGCUACCCCAAUCAUACAAAGUGGUAUCUUUUUCCGGACGUUGACUUUGGAUUCCACACCCCCAAAGUCAGGAAUCACGAAGUACUCAAUGUUACUUGAAGAUGGAAAGACAUGGUUGUUAUAUGCCUAUUCACCCUCUGGACAGAAUCUCACUCUCACGGCGGUGAAUAAUGGUCUGGUUCAGGCUACUAGUGGCUUUAAUGGGAUCAUCCAGAUUUCAAAAAGUGCAAGUGCUGCACAUGAAGCUAUGUUUGAUGAAGCAUGCGGUGCUUACCCAAUUUCUGCAAGCGUUUCGGGUCAUGUAAGUGAUGCAGUUGGUUCUUAUACAAUUGCUUUCAACAAGGCAGGAUUGAACGAUACCACUUUAGCAAUGUUCGCUCUGCCGCAUCACUUAGAAUCUUUCGAUGAUAAUACGCUCUGCUCUGUGGCCAGUGGAGUGCAAUUAGCGACAACAACCAAGGGUAUGGCGACGGCUAUCGUUGCCGAUUCGUGGACUAUGGAAGAGGAUUUACCAGUAAGCAUGAACUUUGCGCCCUGGAGUCCAACGAAAGGGAGCUCGAACUCGCUUUCUGCGGCCGCCAAGUCUACCAUCGCAAAUAUCGCUGCUAGUGAGAUUUCACAAAAUAUGACAGAUCAAACAAACUUGAAUUCUAUGUAUUAUAGUGGAAAGGCACUUGCAAAAUUCGCGCAAAUUGUGUAUACACUUCAUGAUUUCGUCGGAGAUGCAGCUUUAGCACAAGCAGGUCUUAACAUCCUAAAGCAAAGCUUUGCACGUUUUGUUGACAAUCAGCAACAAUACCCCUUGGUAUAUGAAUCUGCUUGGGGAGGGAUUGUCUCUAGUGCAUCAUACAAAACUGGAGAUUCAGGUGUUGAUUUUGGAAACACAUAUUAUAACGACCACCAUUUUCAUUACUCAUAUUUCGUAUACGCAGCUUCUAUUAUCGGAUACCUAGAUCCUACCUGGAUAGCAAGCAACAAAGCAUAUAUAAAUACAAUGGUACGAGAUUAUGCCAAUCCUUCACCCAAGGACAAUUUCUUUCCCGUUUCCCGUAACUUCGAUUGGUAUCACGGACAUUCUUGGGCUCACGGUCUCUACGAAACUGCUGAUGGUAAAGAUGAAGAAUCUUCGUCCGAAGAUACUUUAUCAGCUUACGCCAUCAAAAUGUGGGGCCGCACAAUAGGAGACUCAAAUAUGGAAGCGAGAGGAAAUCUACAACUGGCAGUUGCUGCUCGAUCCCUACAAAACUACUUCCUCUACGAAUCUACAAAUACGGUUCAGCCAUCCAAUUACAUCGGCAACAAAGUAUCGGGUAUUCUCUUUGAGAACAAACUCGACCAUGUCACCUACUUCGGGGCAGCUCCAGAGUUGGUUCAAGGAAUACAUAUGCUUCCACUUCUUCCACAUUCAACACUUGUGAGAACAGAGGAAUUUGUUACGGAAGAAUGGAAUACUUAUUUUUCAAAUGGGAGAGUUGAUAGCGUGAUUGGUGGCUGGAAGGGCGUUCUGUAUGCUAAUUUGGCAAUUAUUGAUCCUCGAGCGUCGUGGAACUUCUUUGCGCAGGCAGAAUUUGAUGCCAGUUGGUUGGAUGGAGGAGCUAGUCGUACGUGGUAUUUGGCCAUGGCUGCUGGACUAGGAGGUUCGCCAUGAGCAAAGAAGGGGACGUUAAGAUGAUGGGCGGGAUAUUAGUACAUGUUACAGUUUGAAGAAUAAUGCUGGCAUGCUUCAAACUGGUUGGAGUUAUGAAUGAGAACUACAAGAUAUCACUUUAUGGGAGGCAAUAGUUCCGGAAGCUUGAGAUACCACAUUAGCGAUAGGUUUGCAUUGGCUGGGUGAAACGCCCUUGAGGGACCAAGUAUACCCGCAGCUACCUAUAAAUAUCAAUUUUUCUUACA